AAAGAGCAAAGCUUUCUUCAAACUCUGCUUUCAACAGAGACUUGUUACUAAUUCGUUUAUUGUAGUUGAAGCGAUGGCUGUUCACCUCUCAUGGGCUACUGCUUUUGGUCUUUUAGGAAACAUCAUUUCCUUCUUGGUUUGCCUUGCUCCCUUGCCAACAUUUUAUCAAAUUUAUAAGAAGAAAUCAACUGAAGGUUUUCAAGUAGUUCCCUAUGUUAUUGCACUCUUUAGUGCCAUGCUUUGGAUUUACUACGCACUCCUUAAAGAGAAAGCCAUGCUUCUCAUCACUAUCAACACUUUCGCUUGCGUCGUGGAGACUGGCUACAUUGCUGUGUACCUCUUUUAUGCACCAAAGAAAACUAGGAUCGAGGCUCUUAAACUUGUUCUCCUGUUUAACGUAUUCGGGUUUGGUGCCAUCUGCCUCUCCACUCUCUUUUUAGCAAAAGCUGCAAACCGUACCAAGAUUCUUGGAUACAUAUGCAUGGCAUUUGCUCUGAGCGUAUUUGUGGCUCCUCUCUGCAUCGUGAGAAAAGUUAUACGUACCAAGAGCGUUGAGUACAUGCCAUUUCCUUUAUCAUUUUUCCUAACUUUAGGUGCAGUCAUGUGGUUCUUCUACGGUCUUCUCAUUAGGGACUUGAACAUUGCUAUUCCAAACGUGCUAGGGUUUAUCUUCGGAGUUCUUCAAAUGGUGCUUUACAUGAUCUAUAAGAACCAUAAGAAAGUUCUUGAUCAAGAGCCAAAACUUCAGGAAUUAUCAGAACAUAUUGUUGACGUGGUGAAACUAAGCAAGAUAGUUUGCUCAGAAUUGAGUCCAGUGGUUCCUCAACUGAAUGCUGUUGAAAGUGAAGUGAUAACUGAAGAUCAAGCAAUUGCGACUAUACAAAUUGAAGACAUUACAAAGGCCAAGCAAAUCAUGGAUCCUUCCAUCGAAGUUUAGCUGACGAUCCAAGGGUCCUUGUAGUAGGGGUCUUUAAUUUUUAAUUUUUAUGUUAUGUAAAGUAUGAUUUUCUCUUCUACGUAUGGUUUUAUUAUUAAGUUUCGAGUCCUUAAUUAGUUGUCUUCUUCGUCUUUAUCGAAUAUGCAAGUCGAAAGUUCUCAGUCUGUCACAAAACCAGUUGCCUUUCUUGAUCUGUAAUUUGUGUUUUGUUUGUAGAAAUCAAUGUCCAAAAAAAAAAAAAAAUUAUGUAUGUCUCGUGCCAACUUUUUUGGUUUA